AUGAUGAAUCCUAGUAGUGGUGGAAACCAAAACCCCGUUGUGGAUAAUCCUAAUCGUGUAGUACGUCUCAUGUACUAUGAAAAAUCAGAGCCUGAUCAUGAUUUAGUAAAGAAGUUCAUUGAUUCAAAAACUUCGGAAGAACAGUUUGGUGUGGUGAGAAGUCUCUUAGAUGCCAAUGUUGAGGCCGUGGACAAUAACCUGUUGAGAUUUUUGGCAAUAGUCUUUGUGGAAGCCGAAAUAAAACAUCCAAUUAAAUCUUUUAUAAUAAGGUCCAUCACAAAAUCUCAAACUCUCCAAGACCCAUUUUCUGAAAAAUUGGCAAUAGUUUUAAGUUAUAUCAUUACACAGGAGUACAGAGAGUUUCAAGAAUAUUACGAUGCCACAUUUGAUAUUGAGGGCUGCAUAGCCAACUUCCCUGCUGGCCGAAGGGCCUUCAAAAUGAUCGAUUUGGAUCUAGCAAAAUUUCUCAAACGCAGUCUGAGAUGUUGUGUCAAUACACUCCGUGAAAGAAAUUUGGCACCAACACAGAAAAAUGAGUUAUUUGAAGUAACCCAGCGUACCCUGAGGCUAGCUUUUCACAUAAUGCAGCAUGUAAGGCCCGGCUACAUGGAUUCAUUGUUUGAGGAAUUACGCAGGGAUAUAAAAUAUCUCCUCUUUCACCAAGAGACACCGAUGGAUACCAAAAAUGUGGGCGGUUUACUAAUUUAUAGUAUGCAUAUUUUGGAAAAUGGUGAAGAUGCGUGGUUACAAAUACUGUACCCGCCCCAAGGCGACGACUACCUAAGCGACGUGCUGGAGAAUGAGUCGGCUCGGCUGGCGCUCCUCACGGCUGCCAUCAUCCUGACCAACACCGAGCGGCUGCUGGCGCCGGCCGACGACGAGGAGCCCAUACUGACGCUCGCCGAAAGAGUCAUUGCUAUUGGGGAAAAGGGCUCCUCCGAGUGCAUCAUCGUGCUAGGCGUGGCGCGCGCCGUGGAGAUGACCAGCAAGAAGCUGGACAAGAUCACCGAGCCGCAGCUCGGCCUCGAGCUCGUGGAUAUCCUGCUGGGCUUCACGCGCGCGCACCUCACGCACUACAUGGACAGCGUGCGCCAUCUGUCCGUCAAGUCGCUGGCCUCUAUGGUCGGCUACUGCACGCGGCUGGAGCGCGAGGGCAACAUCGUGGCGUUGGACAAGCUGUUCUGCUCGGUGUCGAACUUCAACAAGGCGAGCAAGAGCCAUUACGUCAUCCUGUCGUCGCUGGCGCAGGGGCUGGGCACGGCGCGUCUGCUGGCACGCAUGCCCGACGUCAUCCGUGACGUCAUCGGCGCGCUCACCGUCAAGGACGUGCAGUCCAGCGCCACCGUGACGCUAGAAACGCUGCUGAAGUACCACGUGUCUGGGGACGUCUCUACCGACGAGCUGUACGACGAGUGGGUGUCGCCGGCGCUCGAACACGCGGCCUACGCGCGGACCCACUCCGCCGCGCUGUCCGCGCUCGAAGCGCUGCUGGCCAAGCUGCUCCGCCUUCACGAGCCCAUCGUCGAGCGGCUGGUCGCGUCCACUGAAGUUCUGUACGAAGAAUGGGCGGCGCCUGCGCUCGAGCACGCGGCCUACGCGCGGACCCACUCCGCCGCGCUGUCCGCGCUCGAAGCGCUGCUGGCCAAGCUGCUCCGCCUUCACGAGCCCAUCGUCGAGCGGCUGUGA